AUGUCUCACCAAAAAAAUGAGGGAAAAAAUGAAGAUUACUUUACCAUUGUAACAAAUUACUUUUAUCAUUUAAUAUAUGGAAAUCAAAAUACUCAAAGUUCAAAAUCAGAUUGUUUAGAUAAAGAUUUAUAUGAUGACAUUGUAGAAAAACACAAAAACAGUGUUCAUCAAAUUGUGUAUAAUUUAAAAUUAAAACGCGAAUCGAAUUUUAAUAUACCCACAAGAUUUAGUAUAAACUCCGAAAUUGAAAAAGUUCCAAGUUUGAAGGAAUCAACACAUACAGAAAAUAAAAUUAUUGAGAAUUAUAAAAGUCAACAAAAUGAAGACGAUAAUACAGUAAUUUUGGAGAAAUAUGAUAUGAGAAAAUCACAAAAAAAGAAAAAAGGGGAAAAAAAAAAAAAAAAAAAUUUUGAAUCAUUAAAUUUGGAUAUAUUUUCAUCUGAAGCAUUUCAAUCAAAUAGACCAAAUCAAAAUGAGGUAAAAAAGGAAACAAAAAACGUGACCAAACAAAAUAAUUCAGAGUCAAGAAUAUAUUCUGAAGGAAAUAAAAUGAAUUCCAUAAUAAAAAUUACCGAAAAGGAAAAAAAGACAACAAAUAAAAAAGAAGAGUAUUUUGAAUAUGGGCCAAUAGAUGAAAUGGAAGAAAAAAAGAGCAAUGAAAAUAUUCCAAUAAAUAACAAAAAAGAAAGAAAAAAAAAAAAAAAAGUAACGCACAACAAUUUUAUUAAGCCACUGAAUAAUAAGGUAACAAAUUUGUAUGAUAUAAAUAAAAACAAUCAUGAAACAUUGAAAAAAACAAAAUGUAAUACAAAUAAAAAAAGUAAUAAUGACAACAUGACAAUAAAUUAUAUAUUUGAUAAUAAUAAAAAGUUUGUAAAAAUUAAAAGUAAUAAGGAAAAAAAAGAUGAUAUUAUCAAAUUACCAAAAAUAAAUUUAGUAUCUCAUAAUAACUUUUUAUCAAGUGAAGAAGAAAAUGAAAAAAGGGAAAAUUAUAAACAAUAA